AUGGAUAAUUUUUAUUUGCUUGUUUUAAGUUUAAAAUCAUUUUCUAUCUAUCUAUCUAUCUAUCUAUCUAUCUGUUGUUUUAAUAAUAAAAAAACACUGAAAAAUCUACAAAGAGUAGACAAAACUAAAUUAUGUUUGCUUUCUUCCUUUCUUACUUUCUCCUUCUCACAUGUUAUUAUUUUCUUUUUAUUUCUUUUCUUCGUUUUUUUCUUUCCGUUUACUUUUUCUAUUUUCUUUCUCUUUCUUCAUUCCUUCUAUUUUCUUAACCGGUUUUCAUUUUCUCUUGUCCUUCUGCAUUUUUCUUUUGUGUCCUUUUUUCACGUAUUUUUAUUUCUUUUUUUUCCUCUUUGUUUCUUUCUUUUUAACAAUUUUUUUUUGCUUUCACUUCUUUUUCUUUUUCCUGAUAUUUUCUUUUUCACGCGUCUCUUCCUUUUCCUUUUUGCAUUUUUCACACUUUUUCUUUCCUUUCCUAUUUGUUUUCAUAUCUUCCUUUUUCAUUCCUUUUCCUUUUUCACGCCUUUUCUUUCCUCAUUUUUUCCUUUUCUUCUAUGCUUUCUUCUUCUUUCUUUCCUAUCACUUCUUUUCUUUCGCUCUUUUUUCUUUCUUUGUUUUUUCAAGUAUAUUCACAUACUUCUCUUUAUUAUUAAACAACUCCUUUUUUCCUUUCUUCGGUCUAUUCUCUUUUUCUUCCUUUCCUCUUCUUUUCUUCUUUCCUUUCUUUGGAAAUCAAUUUUCCCUUCAGAACCAACCAAGCGUUACCAUCACGCAAUCGAUCAAAAUUUACAACUGCACACACUCCAAAAUCCUGUAUCCUCUCCUUCUUUAAAUACUCCCUUCUCUCCCCCCCAUCUCUCUCUCUCUGUCGCGACCUCUUUCUUUAACUUUGUCUGUCUCCCCUGA